AACUGUGUUUAUUAUGGAAAGCGCUGAAUGGCCGUCCAGGAUCAGACACUACUCCCUCAACUACCCAAUCGGGCAGGGAGCAUGUGGUCUAGUCUGGAGUGCUACAGUCACUGAUGGAGUCUAUGAGGAUAGAGAAGUAGCACUCAAAAUUAUUAACUUUGAUAAAUUUGACAAUCUCAACAUUGAUGAAAUCAAAAAGGAGAUCAAUAUAAUGUCGGAAUAUUCACACGAAAAUUUAAUUUCAUCAUAUGUCUCCUUUAUUGAUAAGUCAGAGAUGGUCAUUGUCAUGCCACUAAUCGAUGCUGGAUCCUGUGCAGAUAUUAUCAAGGAAACCUUCUCCAAAGGAAUUGAGGACGAAUCCAUUAUAGCAGCUAUCAUUAAAAGCGUUCUUCUUGGCCUUGACUAUUUACACAAAAAUAAUGAGAUGCACAGAGAUAUCAAAGCUGGAAAUGUUUUCAUCAAAAGAGAUGGCUCCAUUUACCUUGGAGACUUUGGAGUAGCAGCAAGUCUUAAAACUGGAGAGAAGAGAAAAACACUAGCAGGUUCACCAUGCUGGAUGGCACCAGAAGUGAUUGAACAGUUUAAAGGAUAUGAUUUUUCAGCAGAUAUUUGGUCCUUAGGAAUCACUGCUAUCGAGCUUGCUGAAGGCAAGGCUCCUUAUGUCGAAAUGUCAGCUAUGAAAAUCCUUUUAGCAAUUCUCAAUAGUGAUCCUCCGUCGAUUUCGGAUUCGCACUUUUCAAAAGAAUUUAAGGAUUUUGUAGAUUGCUGCCUCCAAAAAGAUGCUUCAAAAAGAUGGAGUGCUGAGAAGUUAUUAAAGCACAAGUUCAUCAAUAAAGCAUGAGACCCAGAAUACUUGGAAACAGAGCUACUCUCAAAGCUUCAGGAUCUCAAAGAAAGAAUUCCUGAAUCCCUAAGAAUCCAAGGUGAGGAAUUCCUCGAGGAGAGAAAGAGAAGAGAGAAAAAGAAAAAAUCUAAGAAGAAAAAGACAUCAAAAAAGGGUAAGAAGGAUGGAGAUUCUAAAGGAGGUCCAUGGGACUUCGGAUCAGGCUCAUAUAGUGACGCAAAAGCUAAGGCUAAGCUCAAAGGAGAAGAAUACGAUGCUGAUUCUUAUGCUAAAGUUCCAGAGUCAACUUAUGAAAAACCAAGCAAUUACAAGGACGAUAUGGAUGAUUUUGGGCUUGAUUCCGGUGAAGAUUAAUCAAUAUUUGAACACCAAAUGUUCUUCCUGAAUAUAUUCUUGUUCUAA